GAGAAAGAGAGGGGGGGAGAGAGAUAGAGCAGGGAAGGGGUAUCGGGGUUAUGCCAACACAAGAGGGACAGUGAAGUGGACAGCAGCUCUCGAGCCCGCCCUCGCACCUCAACCGCCCACCGUGACAUCCUACACACCGCGAUAGCGCGCGAGGAUGGCAGCCAGAGAUAGGAAGAGAGAGAUAGAAUAACGAUAAUCGAGGGAGAGAGAUAGAAAGGGGAAAAUAGAGCGAGAGAGAACAAACUGGACGAGUAACAGCAAUAACAGGAAACUAGCGCACUGGGCUUUCCGUACCGACACGAGCGCUCUCACUGACCGGUGCAAACGGAAGAGACAGAGAGGCGACGGUCAGAUUCACGCGUACAUGUAGGGAAAUUAUAACAACACAACACCGACGGAAACUCUGCAAUAACCGUUUUUCAAAGUCAAGUUAACGUGACCAGUAAUGGAGUCCCCGGCUGAUCUGUUUGGUGGUCUGCCACCCCAGCUAUGUGUGUUUGGCUCUUACCCCAGCCCUGCUGCCCCCCCCUCCGGGGCCAGACCCCCCCCGGGCCCCGCGCGGCCCCCCUACCCCCUCAUCCACCACCUGCUGCAGCCGGCAGACAGCGCCCCUCGGAGGGCCGGAGGGGUACUGCCGCCCGACGGGUUUAUGGGACAGGGGGAGGAGGAUGGGGGAGGGUGGGAUGAAGAGGAGGAGGGGCGGGAGGGAGGGGGGCCGGGGGGGCAGGUCAGGGGGGAAACGGAGGGGGGGCGCCGCCCUGGUGGCGUCGUGGCGUCGUGACGUGAUGACGGUGAAGAGACUGAGGCUGGGGAGGGGGGGCGAGGAGGAGGAGGGGGAGGAGGAGGAGGAGAGGGGGAGGAGAGAGCGGGGGAGGGAGGGGAGGCGUAGGGAGAGGGAGGAGCUGAAGGAGCAGCUGGAGGAGGCCAGGGGGAGGCUGCGGGAGCUGCAGGAGCGUGUGUGGAAGGCCUUCGGAGAAACACAACCCCCUGAGGAGGAGAGGAGGAAGAGGAGAGGAGGAGGAGAGGAGGAGGAGGAGGAGGAGGAGGAGGGGGAGGACAUGGCAGAAAGGAUCUACGAAGAGGAGGAGGAGCAGGAAGGAGGGGCGGACGAGCUGUCUCUCUCCCUUGUCCCCUCUCCCCCUCUCCAGGGGAGCAGGAGGGAGGAGAGGAGGGGUGACGGAGGAGAGAGGAUGGAGAGAGGAGGAGAAGGAGGAGGGGGGCUGUUCCUCAAGAGUGUUCUGGAGCGGGCGGGGCUGUGGAUGGGGUGCGGGCUGGUUAGGGGGGAGUGGGAGGGGGAGGGCGGAGGAGGAGAGGGGGAGGAGGGGGGGCAGAAGUUUGCCCAGGCGCUGAAGCUGGAGCUCGGAGACGCUGUGACCAGGGUCAUCGACCGCGUGCUGCGCCUCUACACUCACUCACACACACACACACUCUCCCCCUCACCCCCCUCACCCCCCCCGGACAUGCAUUCUCUUAGGGGGGAGAGGGGGAGCGAGGGGGGAGGAGGGGUGUGGACUGGACGGAGGGAGGGAGGAGAAAAGGGGGAGAGGGGUGAGACAGACCACACCCUCGGAUCAUCGCACGCCCUUCACCCUCCUCACCCCAACCAAUCACGGCGGGAGCAGUCAGAGGCGUUGCCCUUGGUUACCCGGAGACUCCCGCCCCCCUCCCACAGCGAUCGCCCCCACCUCCUCCCCACCCACACCCCAGCCUCCCUCGCCUCCCCCCACCCCGCCACCCUCACCCCCUCCUCCCCCCCAGGUCCAAAGAGUCCUUCCUCUCCCACUCCUACCCCCCCGGCCCUCCCCCCCCUCCCCCUUCCCCUCCCCCUCCUCCAUUACACCAUGCAACAGCUGUUCGGUCGCUCCCUCCCCCCCCUCCCCCCCCUCCAGAAGGACCUGCUGACCUCUGACCCCUACCUGGACUUCCCCUCCUCUUCCUAUCCCCCACUCCCCCUGCUGGCCGUCCCAGACAGGUUUGUGGAGGUGGCAGAGAUAGCUCUGAGGGAGUUCUUCACGGCCAUCCUGUCCGGCCGGGACAGUGACCCCUGCUGGAAGAAAUCCAUCUACAAGAUCAUCUGUAAACUGGACGGUCCUGUUCCGGACAGCUUCAAACUGCCCGGCUGCCCCAUGGCCUGAAAACACACAUUCACACACUACACACUACAGAUACAUGCACACACUACACACUACAGAUACAUAUACACACACACACACACAGAUGUACCCACUUAACACAUAUACAUAGGCUUUAAUUCAUAUACUGUCUAUACACACACUACACACACAUACAGUAUAUAUACACAGACAUACACACACACACACAGAGAGACCAGACAUAGAAAUGUUGAGUUGCACUAAAUUUCAUGACAGCAUCAGUUUCAUGGUGAUUGUUGUUGAUCAUGCAUCCUGCCAGUCCUCACUUAGAUUCACCAGAGGAUACAGGUGCGUUUGAUUUGAACCUCACAGUUAUGGCACUCACAACACUGACCCACUGGGCUGAUGGGUGGAUGAAGGAGGGGGAGGCAAAUCAAGCGCAACCCGAAUAUUUUACAGUAUUUGCAAAUAGCAACUUACCCGUGUGUGGUGUAUGCAGAGAGGGGCGGAGUUAGACUUUUCAAAACCCAUGUGCUUUCUUCAGUUUCUUGGUUUACCGUAACGUAGCGUCAUGUUAUUAGGAUUAUGAUUGUGCUUUAUUAUAUUAAUUAUGGUAUAUUUGUGUUGUGUAAGCUUGUCGAACAGUAUGUUUCUUCAUAUAAUCUUUAAAAAAAAAGAAGCUCCGUGCCUCAAAUAUGUAUUGAAGUUAUGAUUAUUGAAAUUAUCUGACUAUUAAAAAAGUAGAUAAUUGA